UCUUUCUGUUUGCCUCCAACCACAAAUUCUACAGAGGAGAAAAGACAACAUUCAGAGAAAGCUGUAUCUGUUUUUUUUUUUUUCUGCAAAGCAACUGAGAAAAAUCAAAAGGGAGACUGACACAGCCCCAGAAUUUCAGAGCUGAUCAUGCUGUUUAAGGGAUUUGGCCUUGGGCUCUUCAUAGUCCUGGCUGUGGUCUUGAUCCUGGGCACCUUUGCUGCUGAUUAUCCAAAAUUCCUGAGACAGCACUACAAUAACCCCAAAAGCAACGUGCGCCAAAGUUACUGUAAUGCAAUGAUGCAAAGCCGAGAGAUGACCAGCCCCAAUUGCAAGCCAUUGAACACUUUCAUCCAUGACACAAAGAACAAAAUCACUGCUGUGUGUGGAAGCGAAGGAACACCUUUUGGAAACGGAUUGCGGCGUAGCCGGCGGCAGUUCCGGGUCACCACCUGCAGAAUAAGAGGAUCCUCUAUUCUCCCUCCUUGUGAAUACAGGGAAAACACUUCGCCCAGAUAUAUAGUCAUUGCUUGUGAGAACGGGUCGCCUGUGCACUAUGAGGAAGGUCAGAUUUAACAGUAAUGCGAAGAUGAUCUGAGUGGAUCAGAUAGUGUCAUCCUCAAGGUGGAUGGUCUUCCAUGGAAAAGAUCUCAUUUUCUUCUGAUUCUGUGGCUCAUUUCUUGCAGGCUUUUUCGUAAUUGGUACCAUUGUAAUCUACCUAAAUAUUUGCCCUGCUUUCAUUUUGCCUCUUUACCCUUUAGCCAAGCACAGAACCCUGAAUAUCCUAAAUGUUAUGUAAGCCCGCAAUGAUUAAUUCCUCUACCAAAUGCUUUUAAAUAAAUGAAUAAGAAAGAGUUGCACUGUA